AUAUAUAUAACACAACAGAAAAUAAGCGCCGGAAAGGGUAAAUCAUCAAAGCAGACAUUUCCCUUUGCUUCGUGGAGGCCAGGAACAUCACUAACCUUAAACCCUUCUUACAUCGUAACACGAUGGCUAGGGUGUUAUUAUCAAACAUGCUAUUUAACGGAUUCAGGUCAAUGGAGUAUACAACUGCAUCGGCAUCUAGAUCGUUCUUGCGACAUGGUAUGCGAUUUUCGACUAGUGUGCCGAAUGAUCCUGAUACACAUGAUGAUUUCAAGCCCACAAAUAAGCUUGAGAAUUCUGAAAUCACUCUGAAGGACAUUGUUGAGCAGGAUGUUAAAGACAACCUUGUGAUGAUUUACAUGAAAGGCGAUCCAGAACAACCGCGCUGUGGGUUCAGUUCGUUAGCAGUCAGAGUAUUGAGUGAAUAUAGAGUCCCUAUACAUUCCAGAAACAUAUUGGAAGAUCCAGAGCUUAAGAAUGCCGUAAAAGCUUUCAGGUAUCAUUCAUGUGGCCGACAUUUCCUCAAAUAUUCAUCAACGGAGAAUUCAUUGGAGGAUCAGACAUUAUUCUCAAUAUGCAUCAGAAUGGUGAACUAAAGGAGAAGCUAAAGGCGAGGUCAUCAGAGUAGACAAGUCUCGUUUGCAUCUCGUGUCGCCAAAUUAUAUUAGAUUUGGGACGCUUAAGUUUCGAGCCAGUAUACGUUAUAAACAGUUUUUAAAGCAUUCUUUUUACCGUGAGUGUUGUUCAAAUAAUGUUGAUGUUACAAUCUACUUUUACUGAACAAGUUGUGGUCGUUUGCUAUAUACUUCUUUACAAACUGCAUGACAAAAAAGUAGACGUAAAAAAUGGCCUUGAUUUU